GCCAGUUUGGCCACAGUAAGCAUCACGUCUUCAACAUGUGUUCAAGAAGUACGUUUAACUUGGCUGCUCGAAAUUUGCGCUCUUUAUCACAUCAGACACGACGAAUACAUGCGAGCAUACGUGUAUUACAGGACACACCAGAGACAGCGAGCACAUCUACAUUGGACGGGGACUCUCAAGAACGAUGGUUGUUCAUUGACUCCGUCUUCCCUAUUCGUCUCGGUAUCUGGGACCUUCGACACUACAUCGGCAUAAUACGUGAGGAAACCCUCUUGGAACGCUUGCAUGAGCGUCUCGAGACUGUAAAGACGCAUGACUUCCGCAUACGCGAGCUCCUGCCUUAUCAGAAAGAUGGUGGUGUCUUUGUGCGUUUCACUUAUAUGGCUCGUGAUCAUCAGACCGCGCUCGAAACGCUCCAGACGGAUCUCCAACUUGAAGCUACCAAGCAUGGCGGCCUACCCUCUUGGUCGGGGCUUCAUUACUGUAAUAUUUGGCUCGUGAAGGGGGAGCCAUUUCUUGAGGAUAUGUACAGAUAUCCGUCGGGAAUCGUCCACGUGACCUUCCAGGGCCCAGAUGUUCCUGAAGAAGCCCUGUACAGUCUGUUUCGACCGUGCGGCCGAAUACAGAAUAUUACCGCCCCUACACCUGUUCCGGCAGGAAUGUUCCGCUCCUCUGAUAUUCUGUUCCACCGCGUACGCUCCGCCACUGUCGCACGGAAUACCGUCCAUGGAUACAGAUUCUCCGAUGCUGGUGGAACAACACGCCUGAGGACUGUAUACCAACGUCCCAUCCAGGCCCAUGCAAUUAGAGACUGGCUGACUUCACAUCCCAAGAUUGUGUUACCAAUCAUAUUUUUUUUACUCGGGACAUUAACUUACACUAUAUUCGAUCCCAUAAGAGUUCUCUCUGUUGAAGGGAAGAUGCUUAAUUGGUUCGAUCAUCGUGAAUAUAAAUUAUAUAAAUGGCUUCGUGCAAAUGCCUUGAACAGGUUUUCGCUCACGAGCGUUCGCGACGAUGUCUCUCCACAGGGAGACAUCUGGAAAGAGCGCAAGGACGCAGAAAACGCUGUGCGAAGCUACCUCUCUGACUUUCCUUCUACUGUUGCAUUCGUACAUGGUCCCCAGGGCAGCGGCAAAUCGCGUAUGCUCGAGGCUAUCAUACGCGAUACCGGCAGAAAAGCUUUAGUGAUCGAUUGUGCUGAGAUCAAUAGAGCUACAUCAGACACGCAGCUCGUUUCCGCACUCGCACAGCAGACCGGCUACAGACCAAUUUUUACCUUCCUGAACUCCGUCAACAACAUGGUGGACAUUGCGACUGUCAGCCUAAUCGGGCAAAAAGCGGGCUUCAAGUCUUCCCUCGAAGACCAGCUGAAACAAAUUCUGGAAGUCACAGGCACAGCACUGAAGAAAGUCAACCAUUUCCUUCGCACUUCUGCGCAGCGUGCUGUUAAAGCAGCACAAGAAGCUGAAGCACGACAAGCCGAAGAAGCACGGACUCGUGCCCGUAUUCGCGCUGGGACAUGGCACGAUCCACGACUGGACUGUAUUGCCGGAAACGGCAUUAUAAGCGAGCUUGGUGUGGGCGACGAGUUGCUAGAGGGUGACGACGGCGGAUUUGUGGGCCUCGAUGCGAUGAAGGAGGAUGUCGUAAACUCGAAUGGUGGAUGGGAAAAGACAAGUGAGGAGCUAACGAGACAACAACGCCGGCACGGAGAGGACGCGCAAGCUGUGCAUACGCUUCCGAUUGUUGUCAUCAAAAACUAUGCCGCACGGGGAAGAGUUUACAAGGAGGAACUUCUCGGCGUCUUGGCGCAUUGGGCAGCAUCUCUCGUUGAGAACCAGAUCGCCCAUGUUAUCGUGGUCAGCGACAACCGCGAGAACGCAAAGCUGCUAGCCCGGGCGUUGCCUUCCAAGCUAUUGAACUCCAUUGCCCUUUAUGAUGCUGAUGCCCCCACUGCACUCUCCUUCGUCCGCCAACGCCUCCACGAUGCUGGCGUCACAUCAGAUCUCACGCAUGUACAAAAGAAGGCCAUAGAACGCCUUGGCGGUCGUACAAGUGACCUUGAACGUUUAAUCCACAAAGUCUCUUGUGGUCAAGGCGUCGAGGAAGCGGUAGAAGACAUCAUUGCUAGCGAUGUCGGGGAACUGAGAAAGAAGGCCUUUGGAGAAGACAUCGACGACGCUAAGAGUUUGCCAUGGUCGAGAGAGCAGGCAUGGACUGUGCUCAAACAACUGGCACGCAAAGCUGAGCUGCCGUAUUACGAAGUGUUACUCGAUGCGCCUUUCAAGGGAGACGAGCUGCCACUUCGUGUUAUGGAACACGCUGAGAUCAUAUCCAUCAGCACACAACAUGGUCGACCAUCCACGAUACGUCCCGGAAAGCCCGUGUUCAAAUAUGUCUUCGAGAGACUUGUGAAUGACCCUGUCUUCCAAGCCACACAAGACAUCGCACUCAAUGAUAAAUUUAUCUCGAGCGCUGAGAGUACCCUUCGUGCAUGCGAAUCCGAGCUGAGCACGCUUCAGGACAUCUCAAAAAUGGAGCGGUCAUUUUGGUGGUUCAGGCGUAGAACGACAUCUGAGCGGAAGGAGUACUUGUUGAAGAAGAUGCGUUCCGCACAAACAAAGAUUCAGACUCUGGAGAAGCAGAAUGUUGAGUUGAAGAGAGUGUUGGUGAAGGGUGUUUGAUUAUAUAGUAUCGUACGCUGAACGUUUCGCAUUCAUAUGCUCUUCAGAUUCACUUCAGAUUCACUUUGACUUAAGUACAAGGAUCUCAAAUAUUUCUCGACCAAUUUCAAUUAUUCAACUUCACAGUAGU